CAAUGCCGCUGCGCCCAGACCACCCGCCACGCGACCCACCGACGCGACGCGCUCUUCUCCCCACCCCAUCCCAUCCGCACCCAAACACCCCCAUCGCCGCACGCACGCACGCACGCACCCACACCACACCACCACCACCACCACACACCCACCCGAUCCCAACAUGUUCGCCCGCCCCCUCCCCCGCCUGCUGCGCAACACCCGCGCCUUCAGCGCCUCGCCGGCCUCGCAGCUCGCGCGCAUGACAGUGGUCGGGCGUCUGGGCGUGGCGCCCGAGGAAGUCAGCAUCUCGGGCGACCGCACGCUGGUGCGGUAUGUGAUUGGCAGCUCGUACGGCAAGGGCGAGGACAAGAAGACGAGCUGGUUCCGGGUUGCGAGUUUUGUGCAGGGGGCGCAGAAGGAGUUUUUGAUGGGCGUGCCGAAGGGAUCACUCCUCUACAUCGAUGCGGAUGCGCGCAUGGAGGUCUUCACCGACGCCGAGGGCAACAAGCGCUCCAACCUCAGCCUGGUCGCGAGGAACUUCGAUGUGCUGUCGCGCGCGCGCACCGAGGAGGGCGAGGCCAACGACGAGGGUCUCGUGCAGGAGGCGUCUGGUUGAGCGGGCGCUGGCUGCGCGUGUACGAUUUGUUAUGAGUUCGAGAUGUUCUUCGGCUUGGGGGGGAUACGGGAAGACGGCUCUUGCGUCUGUCGGCUUGCGCGGGGGAUGGAUGGGGUGCAGAGUGUAUACCAGACGGUUUCUUACGUGCAAUCUCGGCUCUUGUACAAGUAUGAUUGAAUGCAGGCGUUUUCUGUGCGA